AUGAGGAAGAUGCUGGCUGCUGCUGUCUCUAGCGUGCUGUCUGUUGUCACCCAGAAGCCCGCUAACAGGGUGCUUGUGGCAUCCUGUAACUAUUCAAAUGAUGCUACAUUUGAGAUUAAGAAAUGUGAUCUUUAUCGGCUGGAAGAGGGUCCCCCUGUCACCGCAAUGCUCAGCCGGGAGGAUGGACUCAAAUACUACAGGAUGAUGCAGACCGUUCGUCGAAUGGAAUUGAAGGCAGAUCAGUUGUAAAAACAGAAAUUUAUUCGUGGUUUCUGUCACUUGUGUGAUGGUCAGGAAGCUUGCUGUGUGGGUCUUGAGGCUGGGCUAAAUCCCACGGAUCAUGUCAUUGCAUCCUGUCGGGCUCAUGGCUCAUGCUGUACUCAUGGACUUUCUGUCCCAUCAAUUCUUGCAGAGCUGACAGGUCGAAGAGGUGGCUGUGCUGAAGGAGAAGGAGGGUCAAUGCAUAUGUAUGCCAAGAACUUCUAUGGAGGCAAUGGCAUUGUCGGUGCUCAGGGACCGCUGGGAGCUGCUUAUAAUAUGGCAGCUGUGUGGAAUUUACCUUGUAUUUUCAUCUGCGAGAAUAACCGCUAUGGAAUGGGAAUAUCUGUUGAGAGAGCAGCAGCCUACACUGAUUACUACAAGAGAGGCAAUUUUGUCCCUGUUCUAAGGGUAGAUGGAAUGGAGGUUCUAUGUGUUUGGGAGGCAACUAAGGUUGCAGCUGACUCUUGUAGAUCUGGGAAGGGGCCCAUACUGAUGGAGCUGCUGACAUACCGUUAUCAUGGACACAGUAUAAGUGAGUCUGGAAUCAGUUAUCGUACACGAGAAGAAGUUCAGAAUUUAAGAAGUAAGAGCCAUCCUAUCAUGCUUCUCAAAGGUAAAAUGCUAAACAACAAACUUGCCAGCAUUGAAGAACUGAAGGAAGUUGAUGUUGAAGUGAGGAAAGAAAUUGCUGCUGCUGCUCAGUUUGCUAUAACCGAUCCUGAACCACCUUUGGAAGAAUUAAGCCAUCACAUCCACAGCACUAAUCCACCUUUUGAAAUUUGUGGUGCAAAUCAGUGGAUCAGGUUUAAGUCAGUCAGUUAA